CGACCGUCGUCGUCGGUGAGAGCGAACUUGAACCUGACUGCCUACCUGUCUCCUGCCCAUCAUCCACUGGCCCUGUGGAGGACCCCAGCGCGUUGACUCCCUGCAACUGCGCCGCGACUGGUUUGGACCCCAGACUCAGGGGGGCCAGUCAGCCGCAGCCGCAGCCAGCAACCUUCUCCGCGCUCUCGCGGUAUCACGCGCGCGGGCUUACACAUGUUCGGUUCAUCUCUCACUCUCUCCCCAACAUCAUCGUCGUCGUCGUCUUGGUCGAUCGUCUUGAUCGGUCGUGGCCGUGCGUUAGUUUGGGUUCCCCGGGUUCACAAUCCGCCCGAUGAAGUAUAACGCUGAAAGCAAACAGGUGAAUAAAACACUCUUGUCGAGACAACCGCACCGUUAAGACAGACAUUGGCCGUUGAUCCGCGCGACGAGGAAGACUACAACGACUACGACUACCGACGACGGCGAUAACAGGAUACGCGUCGAUCCGGAUUUUUUUUUCUGCUUUCGUCUGGCGCGAGUUCAGUGAUCUUCCGGAGUUCCGCGCGACUCGGGAUCCCGUUCUAGGAGUGGUGUUCUGCCCCGCACGUGCCCUAGUGGAUGUUCUAAGGGGAAUCGCUGGUGGGAGUGAAUCUAGGAGGGGAAGAGUUGAAAACUUGAACCGAAGAGAGUGCGAGAGCGAGCCGAGAACGGCAACUCUGAGUUCUGGAGUGUGAAAAGCGAAAGUGAUUGGAGAUUGGAUUGAUUGAAGGCGGACGAAGAACCGGUGGAAGAACGAACGAAUACUUGAUACACGGGGAAGCCAGCUGUUUGCGGCGGAAGCCUGGAUUGAAAGUGAAAGUGUUAAACUAAUUGGAUUAAGCCAGUGAAGUGGAUCCCGAGUUGUUCGAUAUUUGAACACAAGACUAACGGAUUUCCUGUGCGGAGUGCAUUCUUGACGAAGACGUUGCUGGAUAUUUUAGUUCGAGGGGACAUCUUUUUCAAACAGAUUCGGCAAUCCAAGAUUGAACGAUGCGGUUGACGCGGUUAUUCUACACAACGUUACUAAUUGGCAUAUUACAGAUAAGCCACCCUCCCAAGACUUUAGUUCACUGCGAGAGAUCGUCCCGGAUUAAGUGUAGGAAGGCGCUGGAGAUAACGGUGGCCGACGAUACGGUGGAGGUGGUCAAAGCGGUCAGCCCCGAUGAGGUGGAAACGCGCGAGAACGAUCCGGACCAGGUGGCGCUAGAAUCGAUCGACCAGGACCAUCAGGGAGCGUCCUCGUCGGUGCACUCCUUUCCCCAGCACAUCCCGCUGUCGAUAGGGCUGGGGCCAGGACCGCAGUCGCAUGGACCGGGGCCGGCCGGGCCGCACGGGCCGAUCCUUGGCCAUGGACCCAGUAGGGGUAUCCCCCACGGUCACGGUCAACUGUAUGGCCCUCCACCGCCGCCACCGCCUCCCCAUCAGCAGCAACUGCCAUCGGCCCACGCCUAUCACGGCCCUCCACCACCGUUGCCGCCGCCGAAGCUUCAACCGAACAUCGAUCUGGCUCCGGAGAAACUCUACGGCGCUCCCCUCGCCGGGAACGACCUGUGGUCUUCGCCGCUCCAGGACAUGCCCAAGAUCGUUUCGCUGGACGUGAAAUGUGAAAAGCAAGGCAUGAAGGUGUUCGUCCAAUUCGAUAAGCCCUUCUUCGGUAUCAUAUUCUCGAAGGGUCACUACAGCAACAUCAACUGCGUCCAUUUGCCGGCCGGGUUAGGCAAGAGUUCUGCUACUUUUGACAUUGGGAUUAAUGAGUGUGGAACAGCCGGAAAUACUGAUAAUGCUUUGUACAAUGGGUAUUCGGGAACGGAAUCGGGAGCGGGAUCUUACUUCGAGAACAUAAUUGUGCUGCAGUACGAUCCCCAGGUGCAGGAGGUUUGGGAUCAGGCCAGGAAGCUGCGAUGCACGUGGCACGAUCAGUACGAGAAGAGCGUAACGUUCCGGCCGUUCCCCGUGGAUAUGUUGGACGUGAUUCGAGCGGACUUUGCUGGAGACAAUGUGGGAUGCUGGAUGCAGAUUCAGGUCGGAAAGGGACCAUGGGCUUCGGAGGUGUCCGGAUUGGUGAAGAUCGGCCAAACGAUGACUAUGGUGCUGGCCAUCAAGGACGACGACAGUAAGUUUGAUAUGUUGGUGCGAAACUGCAUGGCUCACGAUGGUAAACGAGCUCCGAUUCAGUUGGUGGAUCAGCGUGGAUGUGUGACGAGGCCGAAGCUGAUGUCUCGGUUUACGAAGAUCAAGAACUUCGGGGCAAGCGCGUCGGUGUUGUCGUAUGCUCACUUCCAGGCAUUCAAGUUCCCUGAUUCGAUGGAGGUUCACUUCCAGUGUACGAUCCAGAUCUGUCGUUACCAGUGUCCUGAGCAGUGCACCGAUCCAGGAGUCUUGGACGUUCACCACUUGUCUGGAGGACCUGAACAUCAACAGUACGGACCACCACCACCGCCUCCACAAUCCCUUGAUGCACAUGUAUUUGCCAACCGCAAGCGAGAUGAUCGCCGUAUCCGUCGUACUCGUGCCGCUGGAGAACCGGAAGAGAAGGAAGAUGUCGGCAUGAAACGUAUCAUCCGAGUUGUGUCACCGGGAGAUCUGACCUUCCCAAUUGGCAGCCAAAACAGCACCAACGACUCCACCAUGAUUUUCCCAGCUCGGGAAGAGGGAUUGAUCUGUAUGACGACUCCUGGUUUCACGGUAACGAUUGUUGUCCUGUUGUCGAUAUUGCUGGCUUCGUGCGUAACGUCUGCCUUCCUGUGUAUUAGGCUGAAGCCGUUCUCGUUUGCCUCGCGAAAGGAACGAGCGGUUGCCUUCACCAAUCCACACCUAAGCCCAUCGAUGGCCUCGAUCGUGUCCAGCGGUCCCAGCUCAAUGGUCAGCGGUACGCUCAAAUCCACCAAAUCAGUCAAGUCGAGGAAUUUCCACUCGUAGAUAGUUGCUACGCUGAUCGAAGCGUAGAUACAGGCACACGAACACACAUACACAGUAAACACAAUAGUUGACACUAAUGAAGCUAACACACGUAUACAAACACAUAACUCUUAAUAUCUGUAAGUACAAGUUUCUCAGUGUUGAACGCACGCAACUCAUCCAUCUUUAAUUAGUCACAAAGCAAAAAUAGAACACAGUAGGCCAGAAAUAGAACAAACAAAACUGAACGAUUGUAGGUGCUUUGAGAUUGUUUCUUCUACCGCACUGUAGAGCUGAGCUGGUAGCUGUUUUGUAAACAAACCCAAGCUAGAGAAAACAAAACUAAAUCAUAACCUAAUACUCUAUUUAUUCUAGAUAGACAUAGUUUAGUCAAUGCUGCGCCCCGCGAAAGGAUCAAAAUCGGUACUGUCCACAUUGACGUAAAAUCGUUUUCGUUGAGUUUUUGUUUUAGUGCGACACGCCUCGUUGUUUCGUUAAAUGUUGAAAUUGUUAUCGUUUGGUAAAUCGAAAUCCGCAAAACACACGCUAUUAGGAAGAACAAAGUUCAUCAAAGCAGCAGGCGGGGAACAAUGAAUCAACACAAUCCAGUAGUAGGCUAGGAGUUAAGUUUGCUAAGCGAAUGUCUGACAGGCGGAAGGCUUUCUUUUGGGCAUCGUAAAAAAGGAAAGGGAUGAUCACGCGUGUUUGCAAACAUUCUACCGCGGUUGGCAGGCGACCAAAAGAAAGAGCCGACUGCCAGAAAUGGGUCGCCAUAUUUAUUUUUAAUUAUAUUUUAAAGAAAAUGCUGUCAAGCAGCAGAGCGCGCUCGGCACUUGAUUUGCUUCUUUUAUUUAUGUUUGCUAAAGUAUUUUUUAAAUGUAGGGUGUCUUCUUCAACGUAUUUCUUUCAUUCACUCAUUCAACCAAUUCCAAUGGUUCCACUUUGCGAACCCCUCGUUCUCCCCAUGGAAACCGAAACCGACGGGUUGCUUCGAUCGGGAGAAACUGAACUGAACUUUCCAGCUCGUAAAAUCUUCCACUAACUCAGGUUGCUGCUUGCACAUGAAAGCACGCAGCAAAAUAUUUAAUUAUUGGGACUAAAACAAACAAAAAUUUCAAGAAAAUCAAACAGCCGUACCUCCGUACAUACCGUCACAUCGUGGAACCAUUGAAAGCGAGAAAUGCAACCUGUAAACACGUACAUGCGAGUAUACUCUAAUCGACCUUCCUCAUCCCUUAUUUAUUUGUUCCACUUAAACGUACGCAUACACGUCUUAUUUAUUGAAUUAACUCUAAACCGAACUAAAGCUUAUAAUACUCUGUUGUUCACUAUUCUCUGUUAAGCUAACAGCCAUGGAACGAGGUCACAUUUUAAAAAUGUGAUCUCUCCAUUUGGGAGUAGAUACUAUCGCCUCAACGAACUAACCUCGAUUCCCACAUCCACAACGAAAAUGCCUUCCUCUAUGUUUGAUCCUACCCUGCUCCCGAACCCACUUGAAUUUUAAGCUAACAUGAUAUUUAUUAGAUAGCAAUUAAGGUCUCCAUUAAUCCGACUCUAUCAUACGAACAAGAUGCGAAUUCUUAAAGAACUAUGAACUAUUCAUUUAGUGACACUGUUUUCUGCUAUUCCUUCUAACACUAUUAAUAAAGAAAAUAUAUAAGCGAUUAUAUAUUUGUGCGAGUAAAAUGUAUCAUAUUUAUACUCUACAGUACACGUGCUAGCCUUACUAGGAGCUAAGUAAUUUAUUCUCUAGAUGAUAGGAAACCCCCACUCCUUCCACACCGAUCCGGUCCCGCUUCCUUCGCUCCUUGAUUAGUUCAAACCCGAUUGUCCCUAACACCGAUGUACCCAACUACUUAAACUGUCUAGUAAAUAUGUAUUGAAGAAUAUCCGUGAAACGAUUGUGCUGAAUUUAUACGAGCAAUAAAGAUUAUU